AUGGCCGAUACGUUCGCGAUGGAGAUCGAGAAGUGGGCCCUUACACUGUCAAAGGGCGGUGACCUUCAUCAACAAGAGGCCACCCCGGGCUCAUUUUAUCGGAAUCCCACUGAAGCUUGUCGGUAUCUUCCUUUCCGCUUGACGGGGUUGACAGUAUAUGGAGACGCGCUCGACGAUGAGACAUACCAAGAUCUGGUGCAUUUGAAUGAUCUCCAUGAACAGGUGAUGCUCGAUGCUUUCUUCGGCAGAUUCACCGUCUCGAAAAUCUUUAAUAUCCUUCCUACACAGUCGAGACGUCGUCUGGAGACAUUCAAAGCAAGGUGGGAAAAGUUGAAUCUCGAUAUUAUUGCGAAAGCAAGAACGUUCCUAGAAACCAUGGACGAGUUGUUAUUUACAAACAUCGACGUGACCUCGACUGUUCUUGCAUUUCUCCUCAUCAACAUCGCGGCCAAUCAAUCCUUCCAGUCAUCCGUGAGGGAGGAAAUUGCCGCAAAGCAAAGCCAACCAUCCUAUAACCUAAGAGAUUAUGUGUUGGAGAAGGAAAGCCUUCUUCAUUAUGCCGCAAUGGAAUCUGUUCGCAUGAGUCCGGCGCUAUGGUUUUCCCUGCCCGAAAAAACAGCAGCCGAAAAAGUCAUUGGAGGAUAUCUAAUCCCUGCCCAGACGCCCGUGGUCAUCGACUGGAAACGCCUCAACACCACCCCGGCCAUCUGGGGCUCUGAUGGCGAACAGUUCCGCCCCGAGCGGUUCGCCGACAUUUCGCCCACGGCAUAUCGAUACGGCUUGCUGCGCUUCGGGAUUGGCCGCGGGCGGUGUCUCGGGAAGAACAUUGCCGACAUGAUGCUCAAGAUGGUGACCGUGGCCAUCGUGCAGCGGUAUUUCAUGAAGCCGGCUGGUAGAGAGAAGGGCACCAGACAGGACCGAUUCACGGUGACAUCAGAGGAGGAGAUUGUGUUUACUCCGAUUCGCUCUCUCAAUGCGUGUGCGUGA